AUGAAGGCUCCGUUAUUUAUUUUCAAGGUUAAGUAUCAAACCAGAAAAAAUCAACUCUAAGAAUUUCAAAUUCAACUUUCAUGCAGAAUUUCGCAGUCUAAAAAGGUGCAGUAUCUGAAUAAAUACAGAGAUAAUUAAGCCCAAUAUGGCUCAAACAUUGCUUCGUAUCCUUAUAAAAUAAAGAUAUUCUAAGAAUAGAAUUUUGACUUUAAUUAACUAGUAAGCGGAAAAAAGUUGCCAUUAUUUUUGAAAGCUGGACUUUAUGAUUUUGAUGAUCAGCUUUAUAUAUUAGAUGAUUAAACCUUUGCAAGUUUAAGAACAGAUGAUCUUAACAUGAGUCUUUCAGGAAAGUUAAAAGUACAAUCCUAAGGAGGAGUGUUUAAUUUCGAGGAAAUACAAAUUUUUGGAAGACCUUAAUAUGAAUCAAGCAUUCUAAUUGAAGCUUAAUUUAAGGAUAACUAUAAUAGGUUGACCUCAAUUGCUUACUAAAUAAAUAUUUAAUUCAGAGAAUGUUAUAUUGGUGAAGUAUUAGAGAAUAACUAAUGCAUUAAAUGUGGUGUAGGAACUUUUUCAUUCAAUAUUGAUGAUAGGAAAUGCUUUUAAUGUUUAAGUAAUGCCGUCUGUUUUGGGGGUAAUUAAAUGCAGCUGAAAAAAGGAUACUGGCGUAGUAAUCCUAAUUCAACUAUCAUCUAUAAAUGUUUUGAUGAAAAUGCAUGCAAAGGAGGAUUGAAUGUUUAGGAUUAAUGUAAUGAAGGUUAUGAAGGCAAGAUUUGGUAUUUCCAGGCUUUGAUGAUUUGCAAAGAUUUCGAGUUGAAAUGGCCUGAAAAAGUCAGUGAAUCACUUUCCUAUAUCUCAAUCUUUUCUACAUCAUAGAAAAAUGCUCUGUCCUUUGACUGCAUAUUUCUAUUUCUUGGAUUUCAUAGAUCAAAAGCAUUUUUCCUUAAAAUCCUAAUUUUUGGCAUUUUACCUAUCAUUCUAAGUGCUAUUGGUGCUAUUAUUUGGUUAUUUAUUUGGGUAUUUAAGAGGAGAGUCAGCAAUUUUCAAGUUAUAGGAAAGAUAAAAAUAACUAGUUUCGUAAUUAUAUUGCUCUUGUAUCCAACUGUUACUACAAUGAUGUUUCAAAUGUUUUAAUGUUUUAAAUAUGAAGAUGGCAAAUCUUAUCUACUAUACAAUAUGGAAGUUGAAUGUUGGGGAAAUGAGCAUUUUUAAAUGUCAGCUUUUAUUGGUGCCCCCUUUAUCAUUAUUUGGUCCCUCCUCUUUCCAACUUAUAUCGUUUUAAAGUUAAAGAAAAUAAAAUAUGAUUUCAGUAAUGAUAGUAAUCUAAAAGAAUUCGGAAUAUUUUACAUUGGUCUUAAUGAUUAAGCCUAUGAAUGGGAGAUAAUUAUAGUUAAUUUCAAGAAAUUUUUAUUCAUUUUGGCUUCAACAUUUAUACCACAGUAAAUAACAGUUUACAAGACAAUGACGUUAAUUUGUGGAAUGUUCUAUAUGUCAGAAGAAGUUUAGCAAAAUGAAAAUCUAUUGCUAUUCUUUUUCAUAGUGAUAACAUCGUAUAACGGAGGUUUUCUAUUUUAUUGGACUUUCACCCUUGCUACUUCAAUGAUAAGAUAUCAUGCUAAUUUGUUCAAUAGAUUUCACGGAAUAAAAAUUUUCAAAUCAAAGAUUGAUGAUUAUGAAACAAAUUUGUAAAAGUAUAAGGCUAGAGAUUCAAUAUAGAUGUUGUCAAAACUUUUCUAAAAUAAAUCAGAUUAGCAAAUAUGUAUUGACUAAAAUAAAAUUUCAUUUGAUUCUCAAAAGCAACCUUAGACAUCUACUAAAAAUAAAAGUUCAUUAAUAAUUAAUCCUAAGUAUGGGAUAAAAUAACAAUCUCUUGAUUAGUUAAACAAGAAAACGUCUAGAAUUUCAAGGAGAAUUUCAAUUUAAGAUUAACUUACUAAGGAAAAGAAUGAAACUUAAUCUAAAAAAUAAAGGAAAAAAAGAUCUAAUCUCGAUAAUAAAAACUCUCUAUCAGCUCAAUUUUAAAAAAAUUAAAUAACUGGUCAAAUAUUUAAAUGA